GUCCUCCAGGGUCCUUUUCUUUCAUAAUAACAGUCACUAUGGCAGCCUUUUGUCGCGUCAGACACCAAUGGAAAAGAACAAAUAAUCUUAACGUUCUAACAAGAAAUCUGACAGGGCAGCAUGAGUAUGACCUGGUGGUUAUUGGUGGAGGCUCAGGAGGACUUGCCUGUUCCAAAGAAGCAGCACAGCUGGGACAGAGAGUUGCUGUUGUAGAUUAUGUGGAGCCUUCACUUCAAGGUACCAAGUGGGGUCUUGGUGGCACAUGUGUUAAUGUUGGCUGUAUCCCUAAGAAGCUCAUGCACCAGGCUGCUCUGCUUGGCACCGCGGUCCGAGAUGCUCAGAAGUACGGCUGGCAGAUCUCAGGACCUGUCUGUCAUGACUGGGCUACCAUGGCAGAAGGUGUUCAUAACCAUGUCAAGUCUCUUAACUGGGGUCACAGGAUUCAACUUCAGGACAAGAAGGUGACAUACCUCAACAUGAAGGGGAGGCUGCUGGACGAACACACUAUUAAAGGACUGAAUAAAGCAGGGAAGGAGAUGAUCCUGUCUGCCAAAAACAUUGUGAUUGCUACUGGCGGAAGACCAAAAUACCCCACAAAUAUCCCUGGAGCAAUGGAACACUGCAUCACCAGUGAUGAUAUAUUUUGGCUGAAGAAGUCUCCUGGAAAAACGCUUGUGGUUGGAGCCAGUUAUGUGGCUCUGGAAUGUGCAGGGUUCCUUACAGGCAUCGGGUUGGACACCACUGUUAUGGUUCGUAGCAUCGCCCUCCGGGGGUUUGAUCAGCAAAUGGCAGGUCUCGUUACUGAUUACAUGGAAGCUUAUGGGACAAAGUUUGUGUGGAAAUGUGUCCCAAAGAAAGUGGAUAAACUGCCUAGUGGAGCCCUACAGGUGACCUGGACAGACACGAACACUGGCAGUGAGCAGAAUGACGUGUACGACACUGUGCUGUGGGCAGUCGGUCGAGCUCCUGAAACCAAAGCCCUCGGCCUGGACAAAGUUGGUGUGCAGAUCAACAAGGAGACAGGAAAAAUACUUGUGGGUGCAGAUGAAUCUACUUCCGUCCCAAACGUCUAUGCUUUUGGUGACAUCGGAGAGGGUCGUCCUGAGUUGACUCCAACUGCUAUUAAAGCCGGGAAGCUCCUCGCGCGCAGACUGGCUGGUCAGAGCACAGAACUCAUGAACUAUGACAACGUACCCACCACAGUGUUCACGCCACUGGAGUACGGCUGUGUGGGUCUGUCUGAGGAGAAGGCUGAGAGCAGACAUGGAGUAGAUGGCAUCGAGGUCUACCAUGCUUUCUACAAACCUCUGGAGUUUGUGGUUGCUGAGCGCGACUCCAGCCAAUGCUACAUAAAGGUGAUAUGUGAGCGGGGUGGAGACCAGAGGAUCCUGGGUCUGCACUUCACUGGGCCAAAUGCUGGAGAAGUCACUCAGGGCUUUGUUCUUGGGUUGCACUGUGGAGCCACGUAUUCCCACCUGUUGAAGACGGUCGGCAUCCACCCGACCUGCGCAGAGGAGGCGGUCAAAGUCAACAUCACAAAGCGUUCUGGUUUGGAUGCUACCGUCACCGGCUGCUGAGGUUAAGCACCUCGGCCUCUGAAUGCUAACAAGCACACGGUGUCUGCCCACUCUCUCAGAACAGCUCGUGUAUUAUUGCAUGCUGGUGUUCUCUCCAGACUCCAAACAGGCUCUUGCGUCUCCUCCGGCGCAGUCAUUUAACUACCGACUGAUCAGGUUUGUGUCACUGAUGCAUCACGCUAUAGCCAAGAGAGUAAUUAUCCCAUAAACAUGAAAGUUGUAUGUGUAUGUACUGAAAGCACAAAGCUAUAGAUCCAGAUUAGUGAAAGUCGCAGAGCGCGUCUUUAAAAUAAACAGGUUCAUCAAUCAGCUCUGAGAUCUGCGCUCAGCUCCCCGGUUUGGUAAAAGUGUACGAAAAACAUAGACCGAGCCCGAACCGUUUUCUCAAUAUAUAUAAUCUGCAAAUAUUGUUGUUUCUCUGGCUAUACCUUCCUGUCCAUUAGUCUUGGAGGUGACACAUACCAUGCACCCCCACACCACCCCCCAUGACACUGAUGGAUGGCCCCGGGGCCGUCGCCGCCGCAAUACUGCCCCAUUUCCCAGAGACGCAUACAAACAGUCAGUGGGUUGCAAAUGUCAGUCAGCCAGUCCCGGGCUGGGGGACCCUGGUUUGUUUAGCGCCCUGCACCAGUCCUAUAAACCUUGGGCCCCCUCCUCCCCCUUCCCCUGGUCCUCCGCCAAAGCCCUUCUUCCUCCCAAUGCACAAAAGAGUACAGUGGAGCUGCUGUGUGGAAGUCCUGCUCCCGCUGCACUUCUCAACCUCACCCAAAGGUUGCACUGUUGCCCUCCUUUUCCUCCCUUUUUGGUGAGUCAGGAGUGAACGAUGAAGUAUUCACUGGAUAAAACAUGCGCUUGAAUACAUUUAGCUUGCACACUUAAUCCCUUUAAUCCCUGUAAGAGGUGCUUUCAGAUGAAGUUAGAAAGUAGAUUGGUUUUAUUGGUGCCAACCAGAUAAGGGUUAUCUGUUGUCUAUUUGCACAGCCAACAGGUUAGUCCACAAGAGUCACGGCCCACGGAGAGAUAAGGUAAGUUGUUUAUAUCAAUAAAGCAUUAUUAGACUGCCAAAGUGCUCAGAUGUUAAUGUUUGAGCCCCACUGGACAUUUUCAAAGAAGCUUUGGAUUUUUUAAGCAGAGGUGGAAAAUGAACACUGUCAGUAAAACUGCAGAAAUGAGGCAAUCUAAGAGGAGGCUGCUCUCUGCAGUUUAUUUGUAUUUGAGGUCUAAUCUGCCCGGCCUGAUUAAUGAUUCUGAUGAGGGCAGUGACAGCAUGCCAGGAGAUGGAAA